AUCAAUAAAGGUAUUUUUCAAAAUGGAAUUACCAAAAAUUGGUAAGCAGUGUGCACAGUCUGAAUGCAACCAAUUAGACUUUCUUCCUCUCCAGUGUAAAUGUGGUAAAACUUUUUGUUCAGAGCACUUUUAUCUUCAUGUUCAGGCAUGUGAAACAUCAAAAAUUGUCACAGAUGAUGAACUGACGAAAAUUGGACAGUUAUUUAUUUGUUCAUCUGAGGGAUGUAGUGAAAAGAGUAUAAUCCCCCUAAUAUGUGAGAAAUGUGGAAAGCACUUUUGUGUUAAGCAUCGUCAUUUGACAGAAUGUGAACCAACCGAUGCAGAUACAUUAGCAAAGGAAAGGGAAAAAUAUGCUAAACCUGUUAGGAUGUUUAAUGAAGCCAAAGCUGUAGUGGAUCAAGAGGUAGAAAAAAAGAUAGAUGAUGCAAAGAAAAAGACCAAAAGUAGGGAAAUGGCUAGCAAACUUCAACUCAUGAAAAUCAAAAAUAAAGCCACUGGACUUAAGUCUAUACCAGUUGCGAACAGAAUAUAUUUCAAUGUAUUUCACUCAGAAAAAGCUAGCCCCAUUUUCGUUUCAAGUCAGUGGACAGUUGGACGGGCUAUUGAUGCUAUAGCACAAGAAAUGAAUCUACAGAAUAACAAUAAUAAAAGCACCGAGAAAAAACUUAGGCUGUUCAAAAAAUGUGACAAUCAAAUUAUCUCACAAAAUGUGUCUUCUGUGUUGAAAAGUUUGCUAGAAAGUAAAUUUAUCCUGGAUGGAGAUAGUUUAGUUAUUGAAUAUGUGGAUGAUGACUGUGUAAAAUUGUGAUUUUUGGAAUCCUAGUAAUAAAGUUUUUUUUUUAA